GAAGAUGAGAUAAGAUCAUCAUCACAAGAACAACCACAUAUACAUAAUACACCCCACUGAAAAACCUCAAAAAAAUCAUGUCACUCCUCCAACUCAACUCCUCUCAUGGCUUAUGCUCUCUCUCACCCUAUUCCCAUAACAACUUGAGAAGAAGCUUCAUGAUUCCUAUUCAUUCCUCUAAUAAGAACCACACCUUUGCAACAAGAAGAGUAGUUGUUAGAGCUAUCAGCACUGUCCCUGACACAAACACAGACACAGACAAAAACACCACUCAACCCUCCCAAGCUCCUCCCUCUGUUGGCUUCGCAUUCAUACAUCCUGUGUUGCUACCUGAUGGAACACCAGACAUUCAUUAUCGUACUGCUUGUGGUGGCCAGAAGCUUAGGGACAUAAUGCUUGAUUCCAAUCUUGAUCUCUAUGGACCCUAUGGUAGACCUUUGUUGAAUUGUGCUGGGGGUGGAAGUUGUGCCACUUGUAUGGUCGAGGUUCUUGAAGAUGGGGGGCUUCUUAAUCCUCGCACUGAUAAAGAGAAAGAGCAUCUCAAGAGGAAACCAAAGAAUUGGAGAUUAGCAUGUCAAAUAACUGUUGGUAAACCAGAUUCAACAGGCGCGCUUGUGAUCCAACAACUACCAGAGUGGAAAGGCCAUGAAUUUAAGUAUCAAAACCGUGAAGAUGAUUCAGAGGAUUCUUAAGGAGGCUUUUGUUGUUGUACUCAAAAGUAAAUAGAAAAUGAAGUAGUCUUCAUGAUGCAUUUUUUUGUUCUUGGUCUCUUGCAAUUUGCAAAAUGAUGAAGAAAAUCUUGGAACCUGUAAUUAGGAGUUAAAUUCUAUCUUCUAGUGGCAGGCACUUCAAGAGAUGGGAGAAAAAAAAAGAA